GUAGUAACUGAAGUAGAAAGUGAUGAUAUUGAAGAAGAGGAAAAUGAAAAUGUAAUUGAUGAACAGUUCACAGAUGAGAAAAUUGUUGACCUUGUUUGCAGUUCAAGAGAAACUGAAGAAAAUGACAUAGAAAAUAAGGAUGAAAGUUCAGAACUUUUACCAGUAUCAAUUAAAGAAGCAACAGAAUCACUUGACAUAUUAGUACGUUUCUUUUUGAAUCAAGAAGGUAAUUAUUCAAAAGAGAUUAGUUUAAUGAAAAUUCAACAUGUAUUGAGAAUAUUGAAGAAAAAGGUGUAUGAGUGGGAUAAAAUGUAA